AUGACAGCACCUACCUGUGCCUUCCCAGUCCAGCUCAAGGUGCCCUCGGUCAGCGGCCUCUCCCGGGUCACCAGCAGCUUGUACAUCAGCAGUGCUAUGGCCGCCAACAAUAGGCACAUGCUGUCCAGCCACCAGAUCACCACAGUCAUCAACGUCUCGGUGGAAGUGACAAAUACCCGCUAUGAGGACAUCCAGUACAUGCAAGUGCCUGUGGCUGACACCCCCAUCUCACGCCUCUGCGACUUCUUUGACCCCAUCGCUGACCAUAUCCACAGCGUGGAGAUGAAGCAGGGCCGCACGCUGCUACACUGUGUGGCGGGCGUGAGCCGCUCAGCCACCCUCUGCCUGGCCUACCUCAUGAAGUACCAUGCCAUGUCCCUGCUGGAUGCCCACUUGUGGACCAAGUCCUGCCGGCCCAUCAUCCGGCCCAACAAUGGCUUCUGGGAGCAGCUCAUCCACUAUGAGUUCCAGCUCUUUGGCAAGAAUACUGUGCACAUGGUCAUCUCCCCAAUGGGCUUGAUCCCUGACCUCUAUGAGAAGGAGGUCAGGUUGAUGAUUCCAUUGUGA